AUGACUCGGAAAAAACUGGCCCGACUCGAAUGUGCCUCGAUAAAUAUUUCCUUUUGGAUCGAUUUAUGUAUUUUAUUCAAUAAUUAUUUUUUCUUUAUUUUAUUCUUAUUUUUAAGCCAAAAAUCUUUAAUAUUCGUGAGUAUGCCGAAGGUUUCGGAUGUUUGGAAACAUUUUAAUAAAAUUCCAUUGGAAAAUAAAGUAGAAUGUAAAAAUUGUGGGAAAAAAAUACUAGGAAAGGAGUUGAGGGCUAUCUAGGAGUUGAGGGCUAUACUAGGAAAGGAGUUGAGGGCUAUCGGUGGAUUUGGAGUUAUAGAAGGAUAUUGGUAAAGGUGAGUGGAUUUGGAGGGAUUAAGAGGAUUUGAAGAUAUGAGGAUUAAGAUGGAUAAGAGAUUUACAGGGAUUAAGAUGAUUUGGAGAGAUCUCAGGGGAUUUGUAGGGAUAAAGAGAAGUCUCAAG